CAUUGACGAGAGACCGACCAGCACUCGCAAGUGCGGCAGUCAGUCGAUGUGCACCAAUGGCCCUGCACGCAGGUCACUUCCUUUAGCGCUCCUCAGGUCCAACUAAGCAGCUCAAGUUGGUCAGGAUGAAUCGCUACGUGACCCUGACACAGCUGGGCGAUGGCACUUACGGCUCGGUUGUCCUGGGACAGAGGGUGGACACCGGCGAAAAAGUGGCCAUCAAAAAAAUGAAAAGAAAAUACUUCUCCUGGGACGAGGCGAUGAGUUUACGUGAAGUUAAGUCAUUGAAAAAGCUCAGCCACACCAACGUAAUCAAACUGAAGGAGGUGAUUCGAGAGAAUGACACAUUGUACUUUGUAUUUGAGUACAUGAAGGAAAAUCUCUACCAACUCAUGAAAGAAAGAGAUAAGCUUUUUCCGGAGUCGGUGGUGCGCAACAUGAUAUUCCAGGUGUUGCAAGGUUUGGCCUUCAUGCACCGCAACGGGUUCUUCCACCGGGACAUGAAGCCCGAAAAUUUGCUAUGCUGCGGACCGGAGCUCAUCAAAAUUGCAGACUUUGGCCUCGCAAGGGAAAUUCGCUCACAACCACCCUACACGGACUACGUUUCAACUCGAUGGUAUCGAGCUCCAGAAGUUUUGCUUCACUCAACCGGUUAUGGGCCACCCAUUGACCUGUGGGCCGUGGGCUGCAUCAUGUCCGAGCUGUACACGUUCCGCCCGCUCUUUCCUGGCAACAGCGAAAUCGACCAGAUCUUCAAAAUCUGCAGCGUCCUCGGCACUCCAGACAAGCGCGACUGGCCAGAGGGCUUUCAACUAGCAAACGCCAUGAACUUCAAAUUCCCGCAGUUCUCGCGGACGCCGAUAGCCUCACUAGUCCCAAACGCCAAUGACGGUGGAAUUUCUCUUUUGGAGGACCUGCUCUCGUGGGACCCCGCCAAGAGACCCACGGCCGUCCAAGCAAUCAGAUAUCCUUACUUUAAAAUGGCCCAGAAGCUGGGCAUGCUGCCUGCAAAUUCAACUUCGCACCUCAACCUGACUCAAAGCGGCGUCUCCUACGAACUGCCCAUUAGCGGCAAGAGGUGGAAAACUGACGCCGAGUUGGACGAUAUGUUGGGCAACUCAAUCCCAAACACAGACAUGCAUCUGCAGCGGGCCCUGCUGAGCGAACGGCCCAGGGCAGGUCGGCCGCCCGCGCCGCCCGUUCUCCUGAGCAGAAGCUGGGGCGAAACCUUACCCACCUCCAAACACUACAUCUCUAGGGACAACGCAAUUUGGAGUCAACGCAACGGCUACGAGCCUUCCACGGUCACUCUCAUAGCGCCGGACAAACACAGCUCGCACUACCAGAGAUUUGACUCGGCUCGAAUCCUCCUGCCUGACAGACACGUCGCUUAUGUGACCAAAGGUUCCAAUAGCCAGCCGGUGUCCUCCAAAAUGUACGCCACCUCUGCUGUGCAGAAUGGACGGCCUUCAGCAGCGUUCAACGGAAGGACAGACUGGGCAGCAAAAUAUUUACAUUCGGACUAUUUUUAGGUACUUAAAAUAAACCACCCCUGGGCCACUUCAAACUCAGCAAUUGAAAUAAAAAUGGCAAAAACUUUUGAAACAAAGUGAAUGUUCUGUGAUAUACAUUUUAAGUUUUAAUGACAAAAAAUUAAAAAAAAAAUAAAUAAAUAAAAAUAGCAACUAUAAAGAAAACAAUUACUGGAAAGUUGAUCAUCAAAAUGCAAGAGGACCACAUCGUCGUUUUUAUAUCAAUUUUUAGUAAUUAAUUACUAAUGAACCUUUAGACUAUUAAGAGUCUCUCAUAAUUUAUGCAAAUUUAUAAUUGAAAGAAGUCUCUACUGUAAAAGAUUGUAAAAGAUGUCUCAAGAGUAUGGAAUCUAUUGUUAGUGUAUGAAGACAGUUUAUUUCAUGGAAAAAUCUCAUUGUUGUACACAUAAAUAAAGAAUGAAAAAAUCCACAAGUAUUAAAUUUUAGAGCUUUCCAAAGCUUAAAACUUUUGAAAUUUUGUUAGAAAAUGGUAAAUUAAAAGUUUACAAGAUCAGUAUGUGGAAAGUCGGCUUUCGAUGUUUAUUUACGUUUAUUUCGUGAAAAAAAAAUGCUUUUAAAACUACUCUGGAUAUUUACGGUUUCAAAAAUGUGAUUAGAAAGAGAAAAAUUGAUAUAUCUCUCAUGAUCAAAUUAUGUUUUCAAUUU